AUGUCUUCAAGACUAAGUCUGGCUGCUACCCCGACCCAGACUCCUCUGAAGCAAGAACUACCAACAGUAAAACUUGAAGAGUUUUCCUGGGAACAGGAAUCCAUCCAUGAAGGAGGUCUGCCCAGACAUGAGGCCUGCAGGCAGCGGUUCAGGCACUUCUGCUACCAGGAGGCCGCUGGCCCAAAGGAAGCACUUAGCAGACUCCGUGAACUUUGCUGCCAGUGGCUUAGACCAGAGGCUCACACCAAAAAACAGAUCCUGGAGCUUCUAGUGCUUGAGCAGUUCCUCAUUGUCCUACCUGGAGACAUUCAGGCCUGGAUACGGGGGAAGCAUCCCAAGAAUGGUGAUGAAGUGGUGACUCUUAUGGAGGAUUUGCAGAGAGAGCCCAGCAAAGCAAGGCCAACGGUCUUUGGCCAUACACCCAGAUGGAUAGUGCCCUCAGAGAAGUCAUCAUCCCUGAUCCCUGCACAGGAGCCCCAGAAACUCCAGCCAGAACCAGCCAAGCCUUCAAAGGAGGGGAAGUGGAGUCUUCUGGCUAGGUCCAAGCAACAGCUAACUCCUGGCCCACAAGGGUUUGGAGUUGGGACACAGAAUAGGGAAAAAAUAAAGCAAGGAAGUUUGGGGAAACCUGCAACAGUUCUAGGAAAUGUGGGCAAGGAUAUUUCCCUUGUGCCCAAAAAAGAGGAUGCACAAGAAACUCGGUGUGGGACUGAAAGUCAGUGGGGCCCGACUGCUUCAGGCAGUAUUGGAAUAUCCCCAUCUAGUAAAAGUGAAGUUUGGGAAAUAAAAGUCUGUGAUGUCCAAGAGAAGCCUGAGCCUGAAUCCCAGGAGACACAGAAGACAUUCCCCAAGUGUGGAAUAAGCCUCCCCCAGGUGUCAUGCCUCCAGGCACAUAGAAGAGCCCAUGAUUCCCUCAAGCCCUACCAAUGUCCAUGUUGUAAGAAAAACUUUGGCCGUGGCUCCAUCCUCAAACUGCAUCUGAGGACACACACAGAUGAGCGUCCCUACGAGUGUUCCGAGUGUGGGGAAUGCUUCCGACAGAGUGGUCACCUGAGAAAACACCAGCAGACCCACUCUGCAGAGAUGUCCUUCGUAUGUGCCGACUGUGGGCAGGGUUUCCAGCGGCGGUCCAGCCUCCUGCGACAUUUACAUGCCCAUGCCAAAGAAACAGAGGAGGACAGCAAGCCAGCCUUCCUGUGUUCCGUCUGCGGGCAGGGUUUUCAGCGGCAUGCCAACUUCCAGCGCCACCUGAGUCUGCAUGCCGAGGAAAAGCCCCUCCAAGGUGUCGAGUUUGGGAAGAGCUUUCUUCCGGGGGCGAGCAGCUCCCAGGAGCAGCCGGGCCCCAGUGAGCAGAAGCCUCAUGUGUGCAAUGAGUGUGGCAAAGCCUUCCAGAGGAGUGAGCAUCUGGCCGCCCACCAGCGGGUUCACACAGGGGAAAAGCCCUUCUCCUGCCAGGACUGCGGGCGGGCCUUUAGCCAGAGCUCCCAGCUAACCAGUCAUCGCCGCGUGCACACCGGUGAGAAGCCCUAUGCCUGUUCUGAGUGCGGGAAGCACUUUGUGCGCCGGGCUGGCCUCGCGCGCCACAUGCUCAUCCAUGGCGGAGAGAGGCCCCAUCACUGCGGCCAGUGCAACAAGCGCUUCAGCCAGAGCCAGGACCUGAGCCGCCACCAGCGCAGCCACACCGGGGAACGUCCGUGCCGCUGUGAUGAGUGUGGGGAACGCUUCAGCCAGAGUGCCCACUUGGCGCGGCACCAGCGCAUCCACACCGGGGAGAAGCCUCACCCCUGUGACACGUGUGGCCGCUGCUUCCGCAACAGCUCCAACCUGGUGCGGCACCGGCGCACUCACACUGGGGAGAGGCCCUACCGCUGCCACACCUGUGGAAGGAGCUUCCGCCGGAAUGCCCACCUGCAGCGCCAUCUUGGGACUCACUCAGGGACUGAUGUUCCAGAAGCAAGCAAAGAGGCUAGGGAACUGGGGGGGCCCAUCAAGGAGGCUCCCCAGCAGUGUCUGCAAUGCGGCAAGAGCUUCAGCCGAGGCUGUAACCUGCUCAGGCAUCAAGCCAUCCACACCGGUGCCAGGCCCUAUACCUGUAGCCAGUGUGGACGGAGCUUCAGCCGCAAUUCUCACCUGAUGAGACACCUGAGGACCCAUGCCAAGGAGACCCUAUAUUAG